AUGGAGCCAGCGUCGGCAGAGAUUAUGACGAAGGAGGAAUGCGAGCAGUGCAAGCACGAGCUUUUCGGCAGCGACUGCAGUGCCAGCGCCGACUUUCGGCAGGCAUCGCAGGUCGAGAACCGUCAGAAUGAGACAUCACCAGCACUUCCUCUGGAUCCAGAGUUCGCGGAUGGCCUCUUCGAGUCUCCUUCAUGCUGCAAGUGCGGAUGUAAGGUUCCGUCAGAGGGCGCCCCCGCGGGCGGCAAGCCCAUCACGUGCGAAGAGUGCAUCGAGUUGGGCAUCUUGGUGUCUCACCCCUUGGAGGGGCCCUUGGGCGCAGUGGUGUUCCCUUCGGAGGGCGAGGAGUGGGUCAAACUAGUCACGCUCUGGAAGAAGCUGCGCAUCGAGACCAGCCACGCGACGAUAUCGUUGGAGGACUUGGCCAUUCACUGGGCCGAGGCCGCGUCUCAGGAGUGCCGUGGCGAUGGCGAGAUCGACGUUGCUGGCUGCCCUGAUGCUGGCGAUGGUGGCGCUGCUGGCCAAGGGCCCCCCGCGGCAUCAGCAGGCCAAGCGACGGCUGCCCAGGAUAUUCCGGAGAGGGCCGCUCCCGCGGAGCGGGGCGAGGCCUCCGCGCCUCGGGUGCUCAGGGCCAUCCCGCGCAGCGGCUGGCUCCAAGCCCCCAGGGUCGCCGCAGCGUCGCGCGAGAGCGACGGCGGCGUUGGCGACAACGGCGGUGAUCCCUCCCUAGACAUCCCCGAGCCAGAUGAUGUUGAUAUGGCGAGCGGGCACAAGAUCAGCAAGUACUCCAUCGAUGAGCGCUUACCGAAAGGCCAGCUGUUCAUCAGCGUCGGCCGCAUCAGGGGCACUGUGAACGCCUACGUGGACUCGUUAGCGGAGAUUGGGUGGUACCCCAACUUCAAGAUCCAGACGGUGCAAGCACUCCAGCGGAGAGUGAAUAACCACGAGAAGGAGAUGCAGGCGCAGGCCAACGUUGACAUCAAGGUCGGUUACCAGCAGGUGAGCACCAGGGUCAACUCCCUCAUCGAGAUGUAUAAGGUGUUCAAGGCUUGGUAUGAUGAGAAUGCUGAUGGCGCCUUGGUCCCACUCGUUUCCCACAUCUCGUCGAUUAAGCCGUACCUCGACCACGUCGAGAAGCAGCUGGCUCCAGAUCUGGAAAUCAUCAACAUGUACGCGCAGUUCUAUGAGCUUCUUCACGCUGGCGUGGCCAUAGAGGAUGCGAUGGAGAAGCUGGACUUCGACCUCCUCAAGGACUGCCAGAGGGCUUGCGUCGCUGACGCUGGCCGCUUGCUCGGGUCCUCGGCUUCGAACGAUACCCAGGGCGUGAAGGAUGAGGGCAACGGUGAGGUCAAGGAGGAGCCAGGUGCCGAUACAGGGGCCCGCAAGAAGAAACGCAGGAUCGCCGCUCUGCCGAAGGAUUUGGUAGCUGUCCGAGUCUCUAGAGAGCCCGAAGUGCAAUUCGAGAAGUUGGUGAGCGAUGCUGCGGCAGCCUGGAUCUUCGGCAUGAAGCCAGAGGUCGUGCAAUCGAACGUGGGAGUGGAGGCUGCGAUGUUCAGGAUGCGGAAGAUCACGCGGGUGUGGGAGACCAAAACGAAUGCCGAUUGCAACGACAAGGUCUACCACUUCCUCCGUGCGUGCGGCGUGAUCAUCCAGUGUGCCAUGAAGGACGAGAGGCAGAAGCCCAACGUUAACGAGGCGAGGUGGGCCAGGAAAACAAUGUUCGUGACUAUGAAAGAAGACGGCCCAUCAGCGGAGUUGGCUAAGGCGAUGAUCGACCACCCAGCUGGGAAAGCCUUUAUGAAGGUCGCGUUGGACCAUGCCCAGAUUGGCGUCGAGGAUGCUGCUGCAUCGAACGGCUUCGAGUUCUCCUUGGACCGCUUCGAGGGCGUCCUCGGCCCAGUAUUCGAUGACGUCGCUGCUUGGCUGGAGACGGGGCAGAAAGGCAAGGCCAUGGACGUCGAGAGCUGCGCUUUCUUCUUGGAAGCUUGCAACGCGAUGUGCGUCGCUUGCAACCAGGCCUUGCAGCGCUGGUCUCCAGGCGCCUUGCAGCAGCAGAGCGAGUCUUUGGCGAACACGAUCUCGAACAUCUUCUCUCUCUUGCACGCCGCGAACUUCGUUUACGUGAAUUCCGUCAAGCGCUUGAUCGGGGAGCUCAUGGAAACGGCGUCUUCGUCCAAGCCUGUGACGGAGGCAAAGCCCGAUGACGACGCCGACGCCGCCGAGGAGAAGAAUAAUGCUUCGCCGUCGGCCGAGGGCGGCAAGGCCAACAUUCCCAAGGUUUUCAAGACCGACGCAAUUUUCGGCCACGUCCGCGACAUCAACGAUAGCAUUCGCUCGAUGCAGCCGCGUUUGAAGUCCUUCGUCGACCUCGUCUUUAAGGUUACGCUGAGCACCCAGAAGAUCUUCAAGGUGGGAAUGUCUAGGCUUGGCAGCUCGUGGCGUGAUCAUUUCCAGGAGGAGUUGUCGGGCGACUUACUCUUGAAGCAGUUCAACCACAACGUGUCGGUCUGCGACAAGAUGGCCGCCUACAUGGACGCCCUCCACGCGUUGAGCUUUCCGGACUGGUGGCUCGCCGACUCGCCCGUCCAGACGGCCCCGCAGAUCUCCGAGGAUAUCCUGUGCACUUUCACCAAGAUUCACCACGAACAAACGGCGGUCAGGCCCUUCGACGUGCUGCUCACAUCCGCCCUCCCGUUCCCAGAGGUCGGAGACGACGUGGCGAUGAUCUUCGGCAGGUUCUGCAACAACGUCGGCCAGCCCAUGUACGACCGAGAGACGAAGGCCUUCCUGGAGCUCAAAUUCGAAAUGAUUCGUUGCAAAGAAGUGCGCUUGGGCUCGGUUCAUCCAGAGGUCAUUAAGGAGUGCGACGCCUCGGCUGCGUUCUCCAGGUUGCUCCCCACGGCGGACGCGGCCAAGCUGGUGAAGGAGCAGACCAUCGAUUGGAAUAGUAUCACUCCUGACGUGCCUUCGUUGCCCUUCCAACACAACAUGGCGCGCAAGCAUUUGGAAGACUUCGCGAAGGCGGUCGCCUUGUCAAACCUGGAGGUACCCGGCAUGACCAACCCUGACUUAGAUGCGCCGAAGCCCUCCAUCGACUUGUGCAUCUUCGCCCUGGAGCUGCAGUGCGCCGUCGCCGACGUCGUCGAGGUGGUGUCUGCCGCGCACGUGCACAUCAUGAAGUGCAGCGCCUCGGGAGACAACGCGUUCACCAAGGAGUUCAUCUGCGGGCAGGCGGUGGACGUCGGAAGCGCCCUCCAUGUGACGCUAAAGACGCUCGAUGCCGCCGUCAACGACUCCAGGGCCGUGGAGUUGGAGAAGAGUGGCUGGGUGCUCAAUGAGCCGAUUGCCACGAUGCGUGCAUGGUGCUUGUUAGCGGCCAUCUUCAGCAAGCGCCUUGAGGAAGUCAUCUUGAAGUCCAUCGCCAAGCUCCUGACGGACCAGAGCGACGCCUUGACCAAGGUAACCCCUCCAUGGUCAGCCUGCUUCGCCGACGACGGGUACAACGAGCACAUGGCCAAGGGGAUGCUCAAGGGAAAAAUCGAUCCCUUAGUGGAGCAACACAACAUCGUGCACAAAUACCUUGCUGAUUUUAGCAGAGCAGCAGAGAAGCUUUCCGUCAGCCCCCGUUUGCAAGAUAAUGAACUUACGUUUCAGGCCGUGGCUGUAGCAGGUGAGUGCAUGAAGAAAUCGAGCCAGGCCAACGUGAUCAUUCUAGGGAUCGAUACGCUUGCCACCUACCGCAAUCGUCCAGACGGCCCCGAUAAAGCGCAAGCCUUUCUUGAUGAGCACGCGCCGAAACACCCGACCCUCCCCGCUCAGUUCUGGCAGCAGUUCAAGGAUUUGAAGUCUCACGCGGUGGCCCCCGACACUUUCUCAGCGAGCGGGCCUGCGGCCGUUCAGAAAGCAUCGGCUCCCGCCAGUUCCCAGAGUACCCCAGCCAAGCGCCCUGCUGCGGAUCUCAGCUUGGAGACCCCUGGGGCGAAGCCCAAGGGCGCGCCCAGUUCGAGCGCGGAGAGCGCAGAUCAGAAGAGCAAGCCGCCGCAGCCCGCACCCAGCCAGGGGUUCAAGCGCGCUAAGCGCGUAUGA